UGUGCAAAAUGGUGUCCGAAGUGGCUCAAACUUCCGUUGCAAAUUGCAAUGAAUUUGAAAGGAACUUCGCUGUCUACAACGACAACUUUUCUUAGCCCGACCAAAGUUUGGGCAUUCUUAUACUAAUCUUAGCUGCUACAGUUCUUGUUCCGUGAAAGAUUAUGAAGUUGAAUGAGCGAAGUCUUGUUCAGUUUGCAAUUUCUUCCGCUCCGUCGGAUAAGGAAGGAUAUCUAAACAAAAAAGGAGAGUUAAAUAGAGGAUAUCAAAGACGUUGGUUUGUGCUGAAAGGAAAUUUGUUUUAUUACUUUGAACGCGAAGGUGACAAGGAAGCUAUUGGAGUCGUAAUUUUGGAGAACUGCCACGUUGAACUUGCUGAAAGCGAAGAUCAACCAUAUGCAUUCCAAAUAUCGUAUGGAGGAGCGGGAGCAAGGACGUACGUUCUGGGAGCUAAUAGCUCAAAAGAGAUGGAAUCGUGGAUGAAAGCUUUAACGAAUGCAAGCUAUGCCUGUUUGAAAAUGAUGGUUGAAGAUCUUGAAAGAAGAUUAAGCGACCUUACAGCAACACAAAAGUACAAUUUGGCUGUCAGCACCGCGGAACGAAUUUCAAAUUUUACUGAGCAACAGUUACUUUUCGYAAGUGCGACUGCAUCCAAUAAAUCUCCUGACAAUUUAGGGAAAUUCGAACCAUCCACUUCUGUUGGUACACUCAUGGAACUGGAUGCAUCGUGUGAUAGUGAUUAUUUUUCGGUGCAGAAGUGCCCUGAUGAUCUUUUACCUUUGAACUUCAAUGAAUUUCAACACUUGCAAGCUUUACAUGCACAAGAGUUUGAUAAGCUUAACUAUAGAAGCAAGAGUUUGGUUUAUGGGAAUGAGUCCGGGAUUCAAAAGAUACCUUCAGGACUUGGGAAAUCGCCCAGAUCUAAAUCAGAGAGACGAAGAAAUUAUAUUGGAACCCAUACAGCCCCUCAAACUGGUCAGUUUCAAACAUAUACAACGUCAUUUGUUGAUGAAACUUAUGAUGUCACAGAUCAGCAAGUCAGUACAUUUAAAUAUCUUCACAACAUGUAUGGGGCAUCUAUAUGGGUCAAGGCAAAAGAGUGUGGUAAAAAUGAUUUAUUGUAGCAUUAUAGAUACAGCAGGAAUAUGUAUUUAGCAUACAUGUACUAAAUAUAUAUAUUAAAGUGCCAAAAGUAUGAUG